AUGACGUCCUCCUUGAAAAGGCUGAAGUUGAGGCCCACCACGGCGCUGUGAUUGGAGGGCAGCGCCAAUCAAAAGAGGCUCGGUCAGGCGAAACGCAACGCCGGCGCUGUCGGCACACCAGAUGGAACGCAAGACGCAGCCGACCUGCAACUUUGUUUGCUGACUUCCGCCUGUGAUCGGUCAGGACUGAGGCAGCGCAAUCCGAAGGCGGCCUACGGGAUAGCAUCGCCGCAUCGCGGGUUGAACGUUGCCAAGUGGGCAGGCACGCUAGCCGAAGUGGGCGGCACAGGAAGGAUCAGGUCAGCAACGCCAGCAAGAAGACAUCUCGAUGCGGGCAGGGGAUGCCCAGAAGCAGUUUUCGCCAGGGAACUACGAUACAUCCCCUCACAUUCGGAGCGUCCCGCGGCAUGGGCGAGUCGGCUACUGCCGCGCGGAGCAGACUCGCAGACAUGGUCACUGCGGGCAGCGGAUGAGGGUCGAGUUUCAGGUGGUGAAGGAGAAGUGUGCCGCUGCUGUGAGGUGCAGCAGGACGGUGUGUGCCCCUCGACGCGCAGCAAGCGGACGGUGCGAGGCGCAGGACGAAUGUUGUAGGAGAGCAGUGGCCUGCGCGCCGAUGCCAGCCAGGCUGCGGCACGACACUGCACGCAGGGCGACUCAUAGAGCCAGCGUCCGCGAAGGGAAAGUGCGGUAUGUCCAUCCGUGUGCCGCUCGCCUGACCAGCACCGCCCGCCCCUGCGGCCGGCCAAACUGCCCCAUACUCCUUUUAGUAGCGCGCGGAUGCGCCGUGACUGCUCCCGUCGGCGCUGGAGCCAGGCUAACCCGGCCUAAAGUAUGCCUUGCAUCUGGAUGGAAUCACCUCGCAGGAGUGGAUCCUGCACACGGCAUGCUCCACAAAUGAGGACGCCCGCGCAGCGCCAGAGGGCCUGUUGGAGCCAGCUAAGAGCUAGCCAGCAGGGAGUUCAUCCAUCGUCUACGCCGCCGAGCGGAGACUCCAGAAGGACGGAAUGUCAGGACCUUGGACCUUGGACCUUGG